CAAAUUCGGGAUCUGAAUACGAUUUUAGAUAGGUGGUAAAAACGGUCAAUUACUACAAGUAGUUUUGAGGUCAAAUUAAUAAAAUAGCCAUAACACAUAGGGAAAUUAGUUUCCUGCUGGGGCGUGACGUCACCGUCCGGCCCCCUUCUCUUUAAAUGUGAAUACUCCUGUGUAGUCUGUUCAUUCUGUUGAGAUCAGAGUCGGUGUGUCUUUUUGUUGAUCAAUAUCGCUGAUAUCCGACUGUAAAGGGAAUUAUGCCUUCAGUGCCUUCCACUAAAGAGAAUGAUCUUUCCAAACCUGUCUGCCCCUUUGCUGGCAAAAUGACCAACAGCAACACCAGCGUUAAUGAUGGACCCUUCCAGAAAAAGGGGAACGAAAACACCGAGAUUGAUAUCGAGAAAUGGAUACGUCCUGACCUUCCUAGCAAGUGCACAUGGCGCCUGGGAGCAGCUCCCACUGAUUCCCCACACACACAUACCCUUGGGACAAUAGUUCCGAGCAUUUUACCCGACAUCCUUGGUAAAAUUGGGGACACACCGAUGGUACGCAUUAACAAAAUCAACAAAACCUACGGACUCAAGUGUGAGCUGUUGGCAAAAUGUGAGUUCUUCAAUGCUGGUGGCAGUGUUAAAGACCGGAUCAGUCUGCGGAUGGUCGAGGAUGCAGAGAGAGCAGGCAUCCUAAAUCCUGGAGAUACAAUUAUAGAGCCUACUUCUGGAAAUACUGGUAUUGGCCUUGCUCUAGCUGCUGCUGUGAAGGGCUACCGCUGCAUCAUCGUCAUGCCUGAGAAAAUGAGUAUGGAAAAGGUGGACGUGUUGAGAGCUCUGGGUGCGGAGAUAGUCCGCACACCCACCAGCGCCCGUUUUGAUUCACCAGAGUCCCAUGUGGGUGUGGCUUGGCGCCUAAAGAACGAAAUCCCGAAUUCCCACAUCCUGGACCAGUACCGCAAUCCCAGCAACCCCCUGGCUCACUACGACACCACUGCUGAGGAAAUCUUAAAGCAGUGUGACGGAAAAGUGGAUAUGCUCGUAGCAGGAGCUGGCACUGGAGGCACCAUUACUGGUGUAGCCCGCAAGCUGAAGGAGAAAUGCCCCAACAUUAAGAUUAUUGGUGUGGACCCAGAAGGAUCCAUUCUGGCUGAACCAGAGGAGCUAAACCAGAGUGAUAAGACACAGUAUGAGGUGGAGGGCAUUGGAUACGACUUCAUUCCUACUGUGCUUGACAGAUCUGUGGUGGACAACUGGUACAAAUCCAAUGAUGAGGAGUCAUUUGCAAUGGCUCGUAUGCUCAUAAGAGACGAGGGCCUGCUUUGUGGUGGCAGUUCAGGCACAGCCAUGGCAGCAGCGGUGAAGGUGGCUAAAGAGCUGAAAGAAGGGCAGCGCUGUGUGGUCAUUCUUCCUGACUCUAUUCGCAACUACAUGUCCAAGUUCCUAAGUGACAACUGGAUGUUUCAAAAGGGAUUCCUCACUGCAGAAGACUUCAUGGUUAGGAAGCCCUGGUGGUGGAAUCUCAGAUUACAGAGUUUAAACCUUUCAGCUCCUCUCACUGUGUUGCCCACAGUCAGCUGUCAAAAAACCAUCAAGAUUUUGAAAGAAAAGGCAUUUGACCAAGCACCAGUUGUAGAUGAGGCUGGGGUUAUUCUUGGUAUGGUCACACUGGGGAACAUGUUGGCCUCUCUGCUGGCUGGCAAGAUCAAACCAUCUGAUCCUGUCAGCAAAGUGAUCUACAAACAGUUCAAACAGAUUUGUCUAACCGAUAACCUUGGAAAACUUUCUCGCAUCCUGGAGACUGAUCACUUUGCCCUGGUGGUGCACGAGCAGAUUCAGUAUUUAACAGAUGGGUCCACCGUAAUGAAGCACAUGGUAUUUGGAGUUGUGACAGCCAUUGACCUGCUUAACUUUGUUACGGCUCGUGAGAAACGUGAGCGAUCCAUAUCAGAAUGCAGUGAGAACUGAGCGUCAUCUCAAAGUUCUGGGGCAUUAGUGAAACAUUGUUGAUGUUCAAAGAGUUGUAGAUUUUGCUUCUUUUGUAAUUUGAUGGUUUUGAUCUGUCAAAGAUAUAAAAGAACUGAGAAAAUGAGCAAAGGCAGACUAAAUUGCAAAUUGUUAUACAUAAUUAUUUGCUCACAUAUAAAAUAAAAUCUCAAAUUAGGACGUUUAGGUAAACUAAUUCGAAUACAUUGUCCUAAAUCCUUUUUGUUUUGAAAGAUUGUCUUUCACUUGUGUGUUAUGUUGCAUUUUAUUGUCAUGAAUUUUAUUAAAUGUUGCUGUUUACAAUGCUGUAAAAGUGAAUAUAAAAACUUGGAUACGUGUUAUCAUGCGAAAUCUUAUUUUUUCCCAUCUGAAUAAAUGUCAUUUUCCAGAUAAA